GUUGUGUCGUGUUUGAUUAGAACACGUGAUUAGACCUUCCUCCGUGGAUUAGAAAGACCUUUCACUCUAGUUCGGCUGCCUGUUAUUGUUGUUCGCGGGUCGCCGACAUGAUUAUGACUAAGCGCCGAAAGCGACUGCUUCUGUUAAAGAAGAAGGUCCUUUUGGCCCAAGUGAUGCUGGAGGAUCAACGCCAGCGGAGGUGGUGGGUGCGCCCGUCAUGGCGAACGCGGCACGCCGAGAGUGAAUUCUUCACCACGAUGAAAAAAAUGCAUGCUGGGGACCCAGAAUACUUCAAAAAGUACUAUCGCAUGUCCCCAUCACAAUUUGACUAUAUCCUCAGUUUGGUCAAGGAAGACUUGGAGAGAGAGACCUUCAUCGGAGAGCCCAUAUCUUCAGCAGAGCGACUUGCUAUGACCCUGAGGUAUCUGUACUCAGGAGCCCUCAUGCAAGACAUUGCCCUAUCAUUUCGUGUGGGCAUAUCCACAGCUCGUGAGGCCGUGCAAGAGACAUGUGCGGCACUUUGGUUCAGACUGAAACCACUGUACAUGCCUGAGCCAAAGACGGAGACAUGGCUGCAUAUCGCUGAAGGAUUCAGCCGGACAUGGCAGUUUCCGAACUGUAUUGGGGCUGUUGAUGGAAAGCACAUACAGAUUAAGUGUCCUCCGAACUCUGGAAGUAUGUACUUCAAUUAUAAGGGCACAUACUCCAUUGUUCUGCUUGUCGUGGUCAACAGCGACUACAAGUUCGUGAUCGUCGACGUUGGUGCUUACGGCAAACAGAGUGAUGGUGGAGUCCUAGAACAAUCAAAGUUCGGGUGUCGCUUGGAGAAUGGAAAGCUUCAUAUCCCGCGAGACCUGGAACUUCCGAACACGUCCCACUAAUAAAUUUAAAAUAAAGCAUCAAAUUUAGAAACACAGUUCGCAAAGGUAAACAAAGUUUUUCUAACGGGCACAAAAGCUGAGAACAGUGGCCGGCAAAAGGUUGUCAGCAAUAGAGAAACCAAAUGCAUGAGUGAGUGAGAAACCAUACUAAGAAACUGCACCGAGCGCACUGGAGUGGGGACAGUGCAUGUCAUCAGGUGCUUUCUUCUGCGUCUUCAAGGGGUAACCAUGUACUAUGUGGAUCAGUUGCUGACAAAUGGUGCACCUUGCCCGAGAAACGCACAAUCACAAAAAGCACAAACAGGCCCUUCAAUGUGUGAUUGUGAUCAGGUUGUAGAAGGAGAGUAGAAGUUGUUUUGAGGCCACAGCACUCUGCCCCAAUUCGUGUAGGUGUUGAUUGGACAGCACUACAAGCAGGCAGCGCAAUGGCAAGUCAAGGCGAACUCCCUGUAUCAUGGGCAUUUGCUCAGAAUAGGACGACCAACAGGAAGGCACUGAAAAGAAUGCCCCACUACAGCAUUCUAAGGCUCUGCUAUGUGUUUAAUAUUGUUUUGUACUGUCAUAAAUUACUUAGUUGUAAUAAUCAAGCCCAUCAUUACAUUGUUUCCGGCGGCAUCUAAAACUGUUCUUACUAACAACAUGCAACACCUGAAUAUAUAUGUAUGUGUAUAUAUAUAUAUGUGUUUAAAUACAGUUAUAUGCAUUUAUGUGUACGUGUAUAGGUUAUGAAGUAAUACUGAAUUAGUUAGUGAUAUGUAUGUGUUAUGUUAUAGUCAUUUAAUCCAAUUAGUUAUCUCCUGUUUUAUCACUUUCAUGUAGAUAUCUUGCAAUAAUAAUUUUCAUUACGUUCAUUUUGUUUUAUUCGCUUGCUGUUUUUUCCUUAGUUGCCAAUCUUUGUUCUAUAUUAUUAUACAUAAAUUCACAGGAGGUCCCCCUAACAGUUUUCACUUUGGGACCUCCUUCUGUAUUAUAUCAACUUUUUACUUGCACUGUAUUGUACUGAAUAAACUGACUGGAUUCCCAGAAAAAAAACAGCUAGUAAAUUUGCCUUGCUUACAUGCAGAUAAAAAAACAGUUAUGUGGUAUUACCAAUGGAUAAACUGGGAGGUCUUUCUGUGUUUUGAGUUUCACCAUACGUGUUCAGCAACAUCUCCGUUUAGAGUGUUUAGACUUUUGAUAGUGACUGGUUAUAUUAACCAAGGUACUGUGGAUGAUGCUGUUAUUGUAUAAUUAAAUUCAAUCAAGCA